UUCCGAGCACAUAUCUCACUGGUGAAUUGUUCGCGAAACAUGCGGGUGACGAUGGAAGUGAGAUCCGUUCGGAAUUUCGCUGCUGCAGUGCUGUUAGUAGUGACGUUAUGCCUGCAGCACCAAAGUGCAGAAGGACAGGCAUUGCCUCGACGGAUUUACACGGGUAUCAGCGGGAACGAGAACUACCGAUCACUGCUGUCGAUGCUUUCCUCACUGACGGUUGGGGUGGUGAGAUUUGUGCGGGAGGGUGAAAUUUACCAGCACGCCGAGCCACCGGACAUGACGCCAGGACCGGAUGCCGAAUACGACGUGAUCGUCGUCGGGGCCGGAAGUGCCGGCGCGGUUGUUGCGAGUCGGCUGACGGAGGUUCCGGAGCUUAAGGUGCUGCUCCUCGAGGCCGGGAGGAGCGAGAAUCUGAUAAUGGACAUUCCCCUGCUGGUCAACUACUUGCAGUUCAGCAACGACGUGAACUGGAAGUACCGAACCGAGCCCUCGAACAGCUACUGUUUGGGGAUGACGGACCGGAGGUGCAACUGGCCGAGGGGCAAGGUGAUGGGUGGCAGCAGCGUCCUUAACUACAUGAUCGCGACCCGAGGCGACAAGCGGGACUACGACAAGUGGGCGGAGUUGGGGAACGUCGGAUGGUCUUACGCCGAGGUGCUUCGCUACUUCAAGAAGAUGGAGAACAUCGGGAUCCCGGGGCUGAGGGUCGACAAGGCGAUGCACAACACCGAAGGACCGAUGGCGAUAAACUAUCCGACCUUCCACACGCCCCUCGCGACGGCCUUCCUCCAGGCUGGGAAAGAGCUCGGCUUCGACAUCCAGGACUACAACGGAAGGACCGAGACCGGAUUCUCUUACAUCCAGACGACGACCGCUAACGGAACGCGGGUCAGCACGAGCAGAGCCUAUCUUCACCCCAUCAAGACUCGGAGGAACUUGUUCGUCAGUAAAAACAGCCUAGUGAGCAAAGUGCUCAUCGACCCAAAGGACAACCGGGCCGUCGGUGUCGAGUUCUACAAGAACAACCGGAAGUUCGCCGUCAGGGCGCGAAAAGAAGUCGUUCUCAGCGCCGGGACGAUCGGCUCCGCUCAGAUUCUCAUGCUCAGUGGGAUCGGACCGGCCAAGCAUCUCGCCGAGAUCGGGAUUCCGCUCGUCAAGGACGCGCCGGUUGGCAAGAACUUGAUGGACCACAUCGCUUACGGCGGUUUCGUCGCUCUCGUCGAUCAGCCGGCCUCAAUAAUCGGUAGAGACAUGAUGAACCCCGCGAAACCCUACAUCGCCGACUACUUGGCCAAUCGUCAAGGCCCUCUGACGGUCCCAGGAGGCUGCGAAGCCCUAGCCUUUAUCAACACCGACACACCCAACGACCACAGCAGCUGGCCAAACGUCGAGUUACUCUUCCAGGGUGCCUCGCUCGGCUCCGACCAAGGAGCCCGUCGAGGAUUCGGAGUAUCUGACCAAUUUUGGGCCCAGACUUACCGAAAGAUCGAAGGCCGACACUCCUGGAACAUUCUUCCGAUGCUGAUGCGACCGCUGAGUCGCGGUGAGAUCCUCCUGAGGAACAGAAACAUCAGAUCCCCGCCAAGGAUAAUCCCGAACUACAUGAGCCACCCGGAAGACGUUCGCGUCAUGGUCGCCGGUAUCCGCGCCGCCCAAAACGUGAGUCGCACGAGGGCCAUGCGGCAGUUCGGCUCGAGGCAGUUCGACGUUCGGUUUCCCGGAUGUCAAAGAUUUACCUACGACUCGGACGCAUAUUGGGAAUGCGCCGCCCGAACUCUCACCUUCACCAUUUACCAUCAUUGUGGCACCGCUAAGAUGGGCCCUCAGAACGAUCCAACCGCCGUCGUUAAUCCCAGACUCCAGGUUUACGGCGUCAAGGGAUUGAGAGUCGCGGACGCCUCGAUAAUUCCGGAGAUUCCGACGGCGCAUACGAACAUCCCGGCGAUUAUGAUCGGCGAGAAGCUAGCCGACAUGGUGAAAGAGGAUUGGGGCUAUCCGACGUAUGGCUAGGAGAGAUCGGCAGGACCCGCAAGACGGGAAUUAGGAUUCCUUGGGUUUAGGAGGCUCAACUGGCGCUGCGCAGUCUGGUGUGGUUGCUGAAUCAAGCGAAGCUGAUGAUUUGAAUGAAUUUCCGGUUGCCUCGAGUUCCGAGGGCGGAAAGAGCUUGAGAAAAUUUUGAGAAUGGCGGGUGUUGAUCCGUUUUUGUAUCUUCUGAUUCCAAUAUUUGCGAGCGAUUUUCGAAUCUUUAAUGGCAAUCGAGAUUUCAAAUUCACUAAGAGAUCCCGAGCAAUACGAAAACCGUGAUCGUUCGAUGGUUCAAGAAAGCGAAGA